CCCAAUCCUAAUUCAGCUGUAGCCCCUUUUGCAGUCCCAUUGAUGAAGAACCUUCCAACAGAAAUCCACAAAAACGCUGAGCAAAAGCUCUAGCACAUCAUCCAGGCGUUUCGCUUGAUACAGGUGUUGUGGUCCUAUAAACGGUCUCAAAUUGUUUCAUAUUCUUCAAUACAAUCCUUGUAGACAUUUCUGAUUUUUGGCAAGUAUGAACUUUGGAAGCUCCAUUUGUUGCCAGUCAGGAAUUAAUCAGAUCAAGCCAACUGAAGCUGCUUUGUCACGCACGGUCGGCUUGUCAAAUUCCAGAACUGCUCUCUCGCUGAAGUCUUCCUCAUUUCUCUGCGUAAGGAAUUCUUUACGUUAUGUUGUGGGUUUAAACAUGUUCGAUCUGAAGUGCUGCCAGAAGCAAAGUAGACAAACUGUAAUGGCUUCAAAAGCAAUGGAGAAGAAAAUAAUCAAGAAGGCGGGAAGGAAUGAGCACCACUUAUGGAAGAAAAAAGACUCAGCUGGGUCUGGACAAAAGGCACUCAAUCUUAUUAGAAUUGUAUCUGAUCUUCCCAAUGAGAAAGAGGCUAUUUUUGGAGCAUUGGAUAAAUGGACAGCUUGGGAGACAGAGUUCCCACUGAUUGCAGCAGCUAAGGCUUUGAGAAUUCUAAGGAGGACUUGUCAGUGGAGGCGUGUAAUUCAAGUGGCAAAGUGGAUGCUAAGCAAAGGUCAAGGAGCAACAAUGGCAACAUAUGACACCCUUCUACUGGCAUUUGAUAUGGAUAAUAGGCUAGAUGAGGCUGAAUCACUUUGGAACAUGAUUCUGCAUACACAUACACGCUCUAUCUCAAAGCGGCUAUUUUCUAGGAUGAUCUCUUUGUAUGAUCAUCAUGAAAUGAAAACUAAGAUAAUAGAGGUAUUCGCAGAUAUGGAGGAGUUGAGUGUAAGACCAGAUGAAGAUACUGUCAGGAGAGUGGCACGUGCAUUUCAGGAGUUUGGUCAAGAAGACAAGAGCAAACUUGUUUUGAGAAGAUAUGGGUGUAAAUGGAAGUACAUUCACUUCAAGGGUGAAAGGGUUAAAGUGAGAACUAAUGCAUGGGUUGAAGAUGACAUCCUAACCAAUUGAAACUGCAGCAAAACCUGAUCAUGGUACCCACUCGGUGUGUUAAACCACGCUCAUAUAUGUUCAGAGAUGACAAGUUUUAUAUCUGAAGAUAAAUUACAAUUUUCCCUUUCUAUAUCCCAUAGAGCGCUAUGAAGGUAUGUACAUACACUGGAUAAGAUCCACUCCUAAAUCUAAAAAUAGGUAUCUGUUGUUAGAUACAAGGAUGUUGUGUAAAUAUAAAUAACAAUACAUCAAAAGCUUGCCCUUGCUUACACCUUUUUCU